AUGGAAAGUGAAGCUGCGCGGGAAGAAAAACUAUUGGUAGCCAAGAAGAAGCUCAGGAAAUAUCAGAAGAAAAAAGCCACAAAUGCUUCUACUGAUGGCUCUUCGACUUCAACACGUAGAACAAGUUUAGAAUCUACCGCCGCAACAAGCACCAGAAGGUCCAGCGUAACCUCGGACUCAGGAAGUGUUAGAACUGACGGAACUAGCCAAGAGAUAAAUACAACCGUUGAUGAAAAUAAUGCGCUUGCCGAUGUUGUAUCAAAUAAUAAUGAAAUACCAGCAAGCCAAGCUUUACCUUUAACAUCUCAUGGUUCUUUGGUUGAAGGUCUACAACCAAUCACGUUACCUCCUGGACAACAAUCUCAAACGGACCUUUUAUCAAAUACAAUUGAUUCUGUUCCUGUUGAAAAUACGAUAUCUUCCGGCAUAUCAGGCAACGAACCUUUUUCUUUCGAAGCGCUUGCUAACAUAUGUCGUAUGCAACAACAAACUAUCGCUUUACUUGUAGAAGAAAAGACUGCGUUGGCAUCAGAAUUAGAAAAAUAUUCUGCAAUGGCUGAUCGUUUUAAAAGUAGUGAGGAAUUGUUGGAAGAGGGUCAAUUGUUAGUCGACGCUUUAAGACGUCAGAAUAGUGAAUUGGAAGAAAAGAUUCGAAAUGGUGAAGAUCGAUUGAAAGAUUCAGAUGAUCAGAAAAAAAAAAUAAUAGAGUCAUUACAAUCACAAAAUACACGUGUUGAACAGCUAGAAAAGGAUAACAAGCAACUUAUGUCCCAAUUGAAUAAUAAAGAUUCAAUAAUCGAACAACUCACUACAGAAAAGGCAAAAAUUCGUUCUGUAUCUGAUGAAGUAGAAGCUUUACAAAAAACCCUUCAAGAUAAAGAAGAUAGAUCAACAACUCUCUGA